AUGUCUAUUACGGAAGCAGAGCUCAGUGCGGCGAUUGAGGUGGCGUUGUAUGCCGCUCGUGCCGCGACCGACAUCAUCAACAAAUCCAUCAACGAGCGUCUUUCGCCUAUCCUCAACGUGAACACGAAGAGCAACUCCACGGACUGGGUGACCCAGUACGACAUGCAGUGCGAGGAAGAGGUGCUGAACGCCCUGCUGGCGGGGACCCCGGACUACGCCGUCAUCAGCGAGGAGACCCAGGCCGACCUCCCGCUGGGUGACGGCCCGACCUGGGUUGUGGACCCCAUCGACGGUACCAUCAGCUUCGCCCACGGACUCUACGACUGCUGCGUCUCCAUCGCCCUCGUGGUCAACAAGGAGCCAAUCCUGGGGGUCAUCAGCGCACCGCGUUUGCAGGAAAUCUACACCGCCGCGAAGGGGCGCGGCGCGUAUUGCAAUGGUCAGCGCAUUCACGUUUCUAAUACCACAACGCUGGACGACUCGGUCGUGAUUAUUCACCAGCCCUACAACCGCAGCCAAACCUGCGUUGAGGCGGUGCUCAACAUCCAGCGCGAGUUUCUGAGGCUCCCCGUGCAGUCCGUCCGAUGCUACGGCUCAGCGGCCUUGAAUAUGUGUUUUGUCGCGUCCGGAAAGGCGGAUUUGUAUUUUGAGGUCGGAUUUAACGCGUGGGAUUACGCGGCGGGAGCGAUCAUCAUACGCGAGGCGGGCGGUGUAGUCCAUGAUGUCGAUAACACAAACACGUUGAACUUGAUGGGUAGGGCCAUGUGUUGUGGACCCAAUAAGGCGAUCACCCUCAAGGCCAUUGAAGUCAUGGAUAAGUAUAAUUAUCGGGAUGCGGUCUACACUGUGGAAUCGACUUAA